GCUCAUUAGGGUGCAGAGAACAACAAAUAGGGUGAAAAUCGUCGGGAUGGAUGCAGCCACAUUGACGUACGACACACUUCGAUUUGGAGAGUUUGAAGAUUUUCCUGAGACCUCGGAGCCUGUGUGGAUCUUAGGGAAAGAAUAUAAUGCACUUACAGAGAAAGACGAGAUUCUAUCAGAUGUCACUUCACGACUGUGGUUCACGUACAGAAAAAACUUCCCGCCGAUCGGGGGCACCGGGCCUACGUCAGACACAGGAUGGGGAUGCAUGUUACGGUGCGGCCAGAUGAUCCUGGGAGAGGCCUUGGUGUGUAGACACCUGGGUAGAGACUGGAGAUGGGCCAAAGGUCAGAAACAAAGAGAAGAGUACAUCAGUAUUCUCAAUGCCUUCAUUGACAAAAAAGACAGCUACUAUUCCAUCCAUCAGAUUGCUCAAAUGGGAGUCGGAGAGGGAAAGCCCAUUGGACAGUGGUACGGACCAAACACAGUCGCCCAAGUUCUAAA